CUUCUCCUAACUUAAAAAUCUCUUCCUUUCUUCUGAUCGCCGGAAUUGUUUUUCCGGUGGCGUUAAUUUCUCAUUUUUACCCCUUUUUAUUGAGAGGAUAUAAAAAAACCUCUGAUCUUAGUCCGGCGGAGAUAGAGAGAGAGAAGAGAUCCCUUUGAAAUGAUCUUGUGCCCUUCGAUUUUUGUAUGGCACCGGCGGUUUUGGCUAACCUAAACGAACCGUUGUUUCAGGGACAAUGUGGCGCCGUUUUUAUGAGGAAAUACACUAACCAACCCCUUUCCGAUGGUAUCAACAACCCUCUUUUCAACCCUAACCCUAACCCUAACUCUGUCUCACCUUACGGGAACAAUUCCACCAAGCAGUUCGACGAUUCGCCAGCGUACGGAGACUACGUUUCCUUUGAGCUUGAUGGGUACAACGCCAGUCAGCUCAGGGAGCUGAAGAAGCGUCUCAAUUCUGAGCUCGAGCAAGUUCGGUUCCUGAGAGAAAGGAUCGAAUCGGGUACGUUCUUCAGCGGCUCUGUUUAUACUAGUCAAGCUCGUAGCUUCGCUGAUGAAACGAAUGACGUUGGAGUGAAGAAGACGAAGAAGAAGAAGACAAUUGGGCAUGGUCAGAAGCGAAGCAAUCCGUUUGAUACGGGCAAGCCUGUUCCUAAGCGUCAUGUGGUGGCUUUGGAUCUGAUGUCAGAGAAGGUAUUGGCGAGUAUGAUGACGACGUGCGGUCAGGUCUUGGUCAAGCUGAUGAAGCAGAAAUGGUCAUGGGUGUUCAACAAGCCUGUUGAUGUAAAAGGUUUAGGGCUUCAUGACUAUCAUGUCAUCGUGAAGAAACCUAUGGAUCUGGGCACGGUGAAGAUGAAUCUGGAUAAGGGUUUUUACAGAUCACCGAUUGAUUUCGCUUCUGAUGUUAGGUUGACUUUCACCAAUGCGAUGUCGUAUAACCCAAAGGGCCAAGACGUUUAUUUAAUGGCUGAGAAGCUUCUGGGUCAAUUUGAUGUUUGGUUCAACCCUACAUUGAAGAGGUUCGAGGCGCAAGAGCUCAAAGUUAUGGGAUCAUCUUCUCGCCCUGAACCUGAACUCAACCAAAGAAUGUGGAAUCAAAAUCAGGUGGCGGAGAUUGUAAGGAAAGGACCUGAACAGAUUUCUAUUGCCAAAAAGCUAGAUUCAGUGAAGCCACUACCUGCAUUGCCACCUCCUCCUCCAGUAAUGGAGCUGCAACGUGUCCCAUCUCCUCCUCCGUCACCGGCUCAGCCAACACCUCCACCACCACCUCCCCAGCCUGUGAGCCAAGUCGAAGCACCACCUGAAGUGGGUGAAGCGAAUAAGGGAAGGAAAGGGAAGUUACCGAAACCCAAGGCUAAGGAUCCAAACAAGAGGCAAAUGACAAUGGAAGAAAAGGCAAAGCUUGGCGUAAAUCUACAAGAAUUGCCUCUUGAGAAGCUGGGACAGUUGAUUCAGAUUCUGAAGAAGAGAACAAGAGACUUAACUCAAGAUGGCGAUGAAAUUGAGUUAGAUAUUGAAUCUUUGGACAAUGAGACUCUGUGGGAGCUUGAUCGUUUUGUCACUAACUACAAAAAGAUGGCAAGCAAAAUCAAGCGACAAGGGUUUAUCCAGAAUGUGUCAACUCCACCAAGAAAUCUGCCUUUAAUGACUGAAAUGGGAAGCGCUGAGAAGAGAGGGAGGAAAGGAGGGGAGGCAGGAGAAGAAGAUGUCGACAUUGGAGAAGAUAUACCAAUUGAGGAUUAUCCAUCAGUGGAGAUUGAAAGGGAUGGUACAGCCGCUGCUGUGAGUGGUGGAUCUAGUCCUUCUGGCAGCUCCAGUUCCAGUGGCAGUUCUUCGUCUAGUGAUUCGGAGUCAGGGAGUUCAUCAGGAAGUGAUUCGGAUGCGGAUAGUGUGCAGUCUCCGUUUGUGGAGGCAAAAGAAGCCCCUUGAUAAACUGUUGAGGAAGAUUAGAACGUAUUACUUUCCUCUGCUUGAACGUGCGUUGAUAUAAGCAAAACAUGAAUCGGAGUAUCUGGCGGAGGUGGAACUUUGGUGUAAAGGGAAAUGAGGAUGGAAACUCGAAAGAAAAUAUUUCGAGUGUUAGGGAAACAGUAGAUAGAGAGAAAAAUGUAAAGGGUAGUUUAGAGAUCUCUAGGUCGAGUAAAGAAAGAAGUGGAAGAGUUUUUCUUUUCUUUUUUCUCUUUCAGAUUAAGGUUCUUUAGUUCCUUUAGAUUAUUGGUGACACCGUGAACAAAGUGACCGAGUAUGGGGAGGUGAUGAGGAUCUAUUGGUGGUUCUGUUCCUUUUCUUUUCGACUCUUUGUUCUAAUUCGGGAAGAAAGAACAUAAUGUAGUGUAAAAUUUUAUGGUUCAAAGAUGACAAGAAUGAUCCCUA